GUCGCUGUGAUUUUCUCAUGGCUCCAUUAUAAUUGCGUAUGAUAAUAAUUCCAGGAGGAAUUCAUAUAUAAGUAAGUGAGUGAGUCAUGCAUGGAUCCAUAAACAAAGACGGAAACUCCAAAGCUAAAAGAGAAACACCAUUGAUAUACAGAGCUUUUUCAACACCUGGCUUGCCUUCCCUCGAACACUUGCAAAAUUAAGUUUCGACCGUUCACACUUAACAAAGACAAAGUGACAACUCCUCACCCACUAAUAUGAAUGAAUCCUUCCCGACUCCCAAUGGAUUGGCUCAUCCAUGUUGCACAAAUGUCACUCCUACUUGUGCAAGCUCUUUGGUCAUAAUUCACCCACCCACUUCUCAAUAUCUAUCACAAAAAGAGAGGAAGCCUUCUCUUCUUUUUUAGAGAGAGCAUUGGUGAUGGAGAUAACCGAGGCGUAUGGAGUAAUGGCAGAUGGAAACAACAAUAACAGUAACAGUAUGAUGAAUCCUCCAACUCCCACCAAAAGAAGUCGCAGCCAGAGGCGUAGGCGUUCUUCCCUCAACUUCACUUCCCUGGAUUUUCUCUCACACGUGCCACCACCUCUUCCUCCUUUGCCCCCCGCACGUGUACUUGAACCAACAGGGUUCAGAUUUCUCUUCGACAAGCAGCUCCAAAACAGUGAUGUCAGCUCCCUGAGAAGAAUAGUUGUGCCCAAGAAAGCAGCUGAGCGAUAUCUUCCAGCUCUUGAGAUCAAAGAAGGGUUUCCCAUCACAAUGGCUGACAUGGAUGGUAUCCAUGUUUGGAGUUUCAGAUACAGGUACUGGCCAAAUAACAGCAGCCGAAUGUAUGUGCUUGAAAAUACUGGUGACUUUGUCCAAACACAUGAAUUGCGCCAAGGAGACUACUUUGCACUCCACUACAAUGAUCAAAAGCAGAUUUAUGGUAUUGAAGCGAGGAAAGCUGGAAGUGGAGCGGUUUUCCGAGGUUAUGAAGCGGAGGACGUGAUUUUAACUGAUUAUGCACAGGCUGCAGAUGAUGGGAAUGGAGCGCUUAUGAAUGAAGCAGAAAUGGAUAUGUCCAGCUUUUACUUCCCUGCAAUGGACAACGAGAUGGGCAUGUCCUUCAUUUAUGAUACCAGCUUCUGGAACGAGCCUGCCUUCGACUUUGUAGGGGGUCCUAUGACCUAUUACUCAACUAAUGUAUAUCCAAUGCCAAGCUUUGGGUCCAUUGAAGACAGCUUCAGUGUGGAUGAUUUCUACUGAAGACAGUCCAAUACAGACAUACUACUAAUCCCAUGCAGCCUUGUAAUCUAAUGCAUACUCUAAACCAGUAAGUAGCGUUUUGAAGCAAAAAGCUGUUACUACAACAAAACUUUACUAGUAAGUUUUGACUCUGUUGGUCAAAAACUCUUUACCACCCUAAAUGUAAUAAGCUGGUGGAGACUCUAGAAAAGGAAAAAUAUGAAAUAAAAAAAGGCGCAUACAGAAUGUGUUUCAUGUA